CUUAUAAACAUUCUGAUAUACAAGAACUUAAGAAGAUAAUUGAAAUUAUUAAUGUUGAUGGAUACCUUGCACGUCAUUACUUGUUUAUGUCUAAUCCUCCACCAGGCUCAUGGACACGUAAGUAAUUAUUUUUUUUAAAAGGAAAAAUUCAUUUAGUUUUUUUUUUGGGUAGUUUUUAAUUAUUCUGUUCUAGCAUAUCAAAGAUGACAGAAAAUAUAUUAAUUAUUUGGGUAAUUGCAUAUAAUCUUAAAGACCAAACAAAUAUCUAUCAUUUAUCUGUUAUCAGAAGCUGCCAUACAGUAAUUUAAUAUCAAUGCUCAAUGAAUUACACCAUAAUUCUAGCCAUAAUUUACAUAAUUGCAUUAUAAUAUGUACAUUGUAUUGUCUGUGAGUUGCCUGUUCUGGCAGAAUGGCAUAAUUAAAGAUUAUAGAGUAAAUACUUUAAUCUGAAAACGAGAUAACCAAACUCAUGAAUGUUAAAAAGAACCUAUGAAAUGAUAAAAAAAACAAACAAACACAGAUGAUAGGUGGUGACUUUAUUCCCACCCUUACUAAGAAUGAAACCAGGCUAACAGACAUUUUUGGGCAAUUAGACUUGGUAGCAAUAAUGUGGGUUCCUCUUUGGAUCUAGAAUAAUGAGCUAUAUAAUUUUUACUGGUCUUCAAUGUUUUCAUGUGCACUUGUCUAGAUAUAUUCAGGCACAGAUGAGCUACAAAAAUAUUUGUAGCAUGCGAGUGCAACCACCACUGGCUGUGAGCUCUAUACAUGCAUUCCCUAACUUAAAGGGUUACUCUAAACACAUGACCAUUUCUGCUUGUAGAAAUGGUCAUGGUGGUAGGAGUCUGUAGGUGCAGAAUUUCAGCUUGAAAUGCUGCAUAUUCUGAGAUAUUCAGACUUUUGUUAGGCCAGUUUCACUCCCAGCACAUGGGAUUUGGACAGCCCGGAAUUCUAUGAAUCCUUUUCAAAAAUGUGUUUUGUCAGUGUGCACUGCGUGCUGGUGACAGACAUUCUCAGCUUCUCCCAGGCUCUUCCCUUUCUCCUUUCUGUAUUAGAGCCCUCUCUGCCAUCCCCACCUUCCUGCCUUUUUUAAAUAGUCCUCCAUUUUUAAAAUAAAAUUUCCACCCCUCACUCACUAAGAAGCAUUUGACUGGACCAUGAGAAAGUGGUGGUGACGACAGAUGGGGGAGUGGAGACCAGCGCAGUAAGCUUUAGCUGGUGCUUGUUUCUAGGUAAGUUUAGAGUUUAUUUUGCAGCUUAAUAGUUAAAUACAGAGAGUGGAAGUACAUGGUAGGGCUCUAUAGUGCCUUAUAAAUUUAAAAAAGGGGAUUGGUAAAAAAAAAAAGGGUCACAGUAAUCUUUUUAUACCUCUACUUGAGUUACUCUAGUAGAACAUUCCCUGACAGACCACGAGCAUGAGAGAACUCGAUUGUUUAAUUCGGACACACUGGUUGGGAGACCACAUGCAAUUAAAUUAUUAUUAUUGUUAUUGCCAUUAACUGUUCUAUGAACUGCAAUAUUAAAUUAAAUUGUAAUUUUUUCGUGGUUUAGACAAAAAAAUCUCAACAAUAAUGUCUGGCUUUUACAACACAUUUUGUCGCAUUAUAUUAAUUUUGAAGCACUGCUACAGGCUUACUAUGAACUCUAUGAUAUAACAAAAAAAGAGAAACGUGUUAGUGAUUCUAAGGUAUCAAAAUGCUAAUAUUUUUAAAAUAUUUUUUCUUAAACAGGUAUACAUAUUAAUCUGAGAACAGACAUGGAAAUUAGGAAAUUUCAGCAGAACGUUGUGACAUAUUUUUGUUUCUAAUAUUUAUUUAAAUGAUUACAUAGAAAUAAAAUAUUAUUUAAAAAAUAAACUAACACAAAAAAAUUGUUAAAUGUCACACCCAAAUAGUUUACUGAUAUAUUCUGGAGAACACAGCAUAAUUUUAAACCAUACAGCUCAUUUCCAAAGUGGUAAGGAUCAUUUUUGAUAGAUCCUCUUUGAAGACAGUUUAAUAAAUCUCAAAGCAUGUUUCCUUGUCAAAAACACAACUCCUUCUACCUAGUUUAUUGUUUAAUAACUUUUAGCUGACAUGAUGAUUCUGUAUCGUUAGUAAAACAUUUUAUUAUCAUUGACUGAUUAUGAUCGCAUAUGUUUUCUAUAUGUGUUUAACUGUACACCUGCAUUGAAUAAAAGAUAUAUUCUAGGAAAUUUUUGAAAUACUGGCCUUAUCUUAACUCUUGUUCUAGUUUUUCUUAUUUUAAAUAUAGUCUCCUCCUUUACUGUGUUGAUUCCCUUUAUGUAUUUAAAUGUUUCUAUCAUAUCCCAUCUGUCUAGUCUUUCCUCCAAGCUAUACAUGUUAAGUUCUUUUAACCUUUCCUGGUAAGUUUUAUCCUGCAAUCCAUGAACCAGUUUAGUAAUUCUUCUCUCACCCCUAAAUCAUUUCCCUCAGAUGUUGAGGUUAGGACUCUAUCAAAUAUGCUGUACUCUGCCCUUGGGUUUUUAUGUCCAAGAUGAUUUAUCUUGCACUUAUCCACAUUAAAUGUCAGUUGCCGCAACUCUGACCAUUUUUCUAGUUUACCUAAAUCAUUUGCCAUUUGGCUUAUCCCUCCUGGAACAUCAACCUUGUUACAUAUCUUAGCAUCAUCAGCAAAAAGACGUACCUUACCAUCAAGACCUUCUGCAAUAUCACUAAUAAAAAUAUUAAAGAGAAUGGGUAGCUCACUGGUGACAAACCCAUGCUUUGAAUAUACUUCAAUGACUACAACCCGCUGUUGCCUGCAGAGGCGUAUACACAAUCCAUGGGGCCCAGUUUUGCCCCUAGCAUAUGCCAAACAUCUUUAUGGGACUGUGGGAAUCCAUUCAUGUAUUCAAUAACCCGAUAUGGAGGAGACAUCUCAAAUUUUAUAAACGUUUUAUAGAUGACAUCCUCAUCAUUUGGGAGGGUGAUUUGAAUGAUGCUGAGGAAUUUGUUCAAUAUCUCAAUAACAAUGAAUGGGGAUUAUCCUUCACGAGCAACAAGAAUAAAACCACAAAUGAAUUUCUAGAUUUAGUUUUAUGUGGCAAAUCAGGAUAAAUCCUGACUAAAACCUACAAGAAACAGGUGGACGUCAGCGGCUUCUUACAUUCUACUAGUGGCCACCACCCAACAUGGAUUAAAAAUAUUCAGUUUGGUCAAUUAACCAGAUUGCGCCAUAACUGCUCUUUCUUGGAGGACUUUGAAGAGGAGUCCCUGGAUCUGUGCCAACAUUUUCUGGAUAAAGACUAUGAACCGAAUAUAAUCUGCCGGGCUUACUAGAAGGCGAGAAACCUCAGUAGAAGUUCUUUGAUUGAUUCCUGUUCUAAGGACAAUACUCCAGACUUACCAUCCUCACCAUCAAACAUAUGGAAAUGUUAUCCUUAUUGGAAAAUCAACCCCUAAAAAGAAGACCAAUAUCUCGGAACAAAUUUAAUAUUAGCACCAGAGAUGUUGCUCAGAAUAAAGGUCCCAUAUUCACCAUGAUUUUUAAUAGGGCCUUUGAUCAAAUAAUCUCCAUAUUAUGUAAACAUUGGCCGGUUUUAUUAUUAGACCCUUGGUUGAAAUUUAGUAUCCCCAGAUCACCUAGAGUAACCUUCCAGAACAAUAGAAAUAAAAAAAAAUGUGCUGGCUCCUUCUAAACUUGCCCCGAUUGCAUCUCAUAAUACAUCAGUGGCAUAUGGAGUUGGGAACUUUAAGUGUGGUGCAAUACGGUGCCUUACGUGCCAAUAUAUAUGUCAUGGGAGGUCUGAUUUUCUUUCAUCUUUGAAUAAAGAGAGCUUUAAAAUGACUACUAAAAUAACUUAUAACACAUCAUUUGUGGUGUACUUAUUGAAGUGCACAUGUGGCCUAUUAUAUGUGGGUCAGACCUCUAGAUCUUUGAAAACCAUAUUUAGGGAGCACAGGUUAGCAAUCAUGAAUCAGGACAGGAAAUCCCCGGUGGCUAGGUAUUUUCAUAUGGCCCAUGAGAGUAAUCCUGUUCAUGUAUCAGUCAGGGCCGUCUUUAACGCGGGGCAAACGGGGCAGCUGCCCCGGGCCCAAUUACUCCUGGGGGCCCAAGGCAGCUGUCCCGUGGGCCCCGCUGCCCUAAAAAAAUAAAAUGUUUCCCGGCCGCUUUAGGGCCCCCCCGCAAUGUAAGGAGUCCAACCGGGUGGCCCAUGCACUUAGGGCCACCCGGUGGGCUUGUACCAGCAGGGGCCCGGUCGGGCGCUGUGGCCCUUUAACAGCGCGACCGGGCCUCUUGCUUUUCGGCACCGCUGGGAGGAAGUGAGUGCCAAGCGUCACUUCCUCCCAUAAAGAGCUGCUGCGCGGGAGAAGAAGGACCUGCACGGGAGGGAGGAGGAGGCAGUGAGGAUGGGGGCUCCUCACUCACAUCAUCCUCAGGCAGCACACUGGAUCCCAGGGAUGCCACCCUCCAGCAAAAGGUAGGAAACUGGAGGGUGGGCUUAAAAUGUAAAUUUUACAUGUAUGUCAGUUUGUCUGUGUGUAUGUGUGUCAGUAUGUCUGAUAGUGUCUGUGUGUGUCAGUAUGUCUGUGUGUAUGUGUGUCAGUAUGUCUGAUAGUGUGUGUGUCAGUAUGUCUGACAGUGUGUCUGUGUGUGUGUGUGUGUGUGUGUGUGUCAGUAUGUCUGACAGUGUAUGUGUCUGUGUGUGUCAGUAUGUCUGUGUAUGUCAGUAUGUCUGAUAGUGUAUGUGUGUAUGUCAGUAUGUUUGACAGUGUCUGUAUCUGUGUGUGUGUCAGAAGGUCUGUGUGAGUGUAUGUCAGUAUGUAUCUGUGUGUCAGUAUGUCUCUGUGUGUGUCAGUAUGUCUGGUGUGUGUGUGUGUGUCAGUAUGUCUGACAGUGUGUCUGUGUAUGUCUGAUAGUGUAUGUCAGUAUGUUUGACAGUGUCUGUAUCUGUGUGUGUGUCAGAAGGUCUGUGUGAGUGUAUGUCAGUAUGUCUGACAGUGUAUGUCUCUGUGUGUGUCAGUAUGUCUCUGUGUGUGUCAGUAUGUCUGGUGUGUGUGUGUGUGUGUGUGUGUGUGUCAGUAUGUCUGGCAGUGUGUCUGUGUAUGUCAGUAUGUCUGAUAGUGUAUGUCAGUAUGUUUGACAGUGUCUGUAUCUGUGUGUGUGUCAGGUCUGUGUGAGUGUAUGUCAGUAUGUCUGACAGUGUAUGUAUCUGUGUGUGUCAGUAUGUCUGUCAGUGUGUGUGCCUGUUUGUGUGUCAGUAUGCCUAUUAGUGUGUAUGUGUGUGUGUGUGUGUGUCAGCAUAUCUAUCAGUGUAUGUAUCUGUGUGUCAGUAUGUCUCUGUGUGUGUCAGUAUGUCUUCCAGUGUAUGUGUGUGUGUGUGUCAGGCACAUACACUGAUAUACAUACUGAUACAGGCACACUAAUAGACAUACUGACACACACAGGCACAUACAAUGACAAACAUACACUGAUAGACAUACUGACACACACACACAUGCGCAUAUACAGACAUACUGACACACACAAACACACACUUAUACUGAUAGCUAUCCUGACACACACACACACAGGCACAUAUACAGACAUACUGACACACACACAGCCACAUACGCUGAUAGAGAUACUGUGUGUGUGUUAGUAUGUCUGUAUAUGUGCCUGUUUGUGUGUGUGUUUGUCAGUAUGUCUAUCAGUGUUUGUGCCUGUGUGUGUCAGUAUGUUUGUCAUCAUAUGUGCCUGUGAGACCGUUUGUGUCAGUGUGUCUUUCAGUAUGUCUAUCAUUGUAUGUAUUUAUGUGUGUCAGUAUGUCUGUUUAUCUGUCUGUGUAUCUGUAUGUGUCUGUGUGUUUAUCUGUGUGCGUAUAUGUAUGUAGUCAGUGUGUGUAUCUGCUUGUGUGUCAGCAUGUCUACCGGUGUCUGAGCACAAACAAUAAAUACAAAUACACCCUUCCAUUCAAACUUCAACAUUACAUACAAACACACUCCUGCAUUGAAAGUCAACACUUCAUACAAACACACCUCUGUGUUAAACAACAGAAUUAUAUAUAAACAAACCCCUACAUUCAAAAACCAGCACUACACUUAAAUGUACACUUGCAUUCAAACUCUAACACCACAUACAAACACAUUCACACAAACAUACUCCAUACAAAAACAUGCUUACAUUCAAACACACAAACACAGUGCUAAAUACAACCCUGCAAGCAUGGGAAAUUGGUAGAGCCACGGCUGUCAAUGCAUUGUUGGAGUUGCACGACAGAUAGGGUUCUACCUUCUUUCCAACCUUGCAAUUGGGGGUCCAAAUGAAAUUCUUGCACCAGGGCUCUUUCUACUUUAGUUCGCCCACUGCGUUGGGGUGGAGGCGUGAUUGCAUGCUAGGGAGUGGAUCCAGGGGGCCCAAGCAAAUGCUUGCCCAGGGCCCAAUCAAUAUUAAAGACGGCCCUGGUAUCAGUGAUGGGCAUUGAACAUAUUCCAGAGCAGAAACCAGGUGGAUUUUCCAGCUCAACACACUUAACCCUUAUGGGUUAAAUGAAGAAUUGGAGCAUAAUAUCUAAAGUCCACAGGGUGGUUUUAUUCCCUUUGGGAUAUGCAUCUCUAUCAUUCUCUGUGAUUAGCUAUAUAAUAUAGAGAAGUAUGUGCAUAUACAUCUUUUUUAUUUAAUCCCUUUGUGCUAAUUAUUAUGAGAUCUCUUUUGAAUUCUAUGCUCAUAUUGUUGCCCAGACUAAUGUUAAUUAGUGUUUGUUACACUAGAUGCAUUUUUUACUAACACCCUACAAUUGAUUUAAUGUGAGAAUAAAAUUAUUUUUAUGAUAUUUCUGUAUGUAUAGGAUUUAUGUAUAAUACAAGCCUCCUUCCCAUAUACCGACUCCCCGCUGGUCUGAGGGUUAUUCAUGUAUUAAGAGUGGGUGAUUUCACUUAUACAUAUACAAAGAAUCCUUCCUCAACAUUUUUUGAGUUAUCUUUUUUAAGUCCAUGUAAUUUUUACUUAACAUUGUGAACUUUAUUUUUGUCUAAUUCUAUUUUCUUCAAACAUUAUCUAGUGAGGGAAGAGGGUAUAUCCCCGAUCCGAUGGUACUGGUUUAUUUUAGAAUAUUACAUUUAUUGUAUUUUGUGCUUAUUUGCCCCAUGUGAAUUUAUUCUUAAUCGAGGUUCCAAAUUGAUCUAUCAUGACCACUUUACUUCAAGGAGGGUAUAUAUACCCGGUUUGUGGAAAGCGGAUCUUUGUCUUGAGAAAAUCCUCCAUUGAGGACGAAACGCAUAUACGAUCCACUACCAAUCAUUCUAGCUGUAUCUCCAACCCGGUUUCAUUUACGGUCUGGGAGUGAUUUUCGGCAGCUGCCGUGAUUGGAUCUACACACACUGCCUAUCUCGUGGUUAGGAGUCGGCGUGCUCCCCUCACCUCACCCAAAUGUCGGGCGGAUAGGGUAAGUUGAUCUUGCUAACCCCAGAGUUUUUUCAACUCUGGGAUAUUUCUUAUUGCAACUCCCUAAGCCUAGACCCGGUGGUUUGGCAGGUUUAUGAGCUCCUUCCUCCAGGAUUAGUGUAUGUGUCUGGGAAUUAUUUUAUUUAUUAUCUUUUUAUAUAUUUUCUCAUGUGCACAUCUCCAGUUCCAGUGGCCAUAUAUUCUUCACCAGUGUAGGGGGCCCACACUGUUAACUCCUUGGACUUCUGUUCUGGACACUUUGUGCUUUUUAUUUAUGUGAUACAUUUAUUUGUAGCAACACUGAUUUAGAUGUUAUUGUUUUUAUAUGUUUAAUAAAUGAUGUUUUGUAUACUUUAUAUUUGAUAUAUUUAUGGUUAGAACUCAGUCAUAUUAUCCCAGAGCUGUUAUCAGAUCUAUAUAAGAUAUUUUUUCUUUACAGCUGCUAUUUUGGUGUACAGUGUUUUAGUGGUCAUGAUUUAAUAUUUUGGAGCGCUCACAUACCAUUUUUUUAUACUAACAAUUCAGUCGCUCUUCUGUAUGAGAUGCAGCCCUUUUCCUUUUUGAAGAUUUUUAUCCAUCUCAUUCUCAGUUACCUUUCAUCAUAUAUUUAUACUUGUUAUCCAUUGACUUAUUCGUCUUUACUUUUGACAGCUGAAAUUAGAAACAUAGAAUGUGACGGCAGAUAAGAAUCAUUCAGCCCAUCUAGUCUGCCCAAAAUUGAACCUCUUCCUCUGUAAACUCACAUUUAACAAAUGACUUGUUCGUCCUUUUUCCUAACUGAGGCCCAUUUCCUUUAUUUUCAUCUGUAAAUACUGAACAAAAAUAUUAAUUGAGUCAGCUAAACCUUUAUCCUCUUCUACAUUCUUUCCUUCUUUCGUUUUUAAUCUAACUAAUCCUUGUUUUACCUUCCUUUUCUCAUUUAUGUAUCUAAAAAACGUUUUGUACCUUUUUUUAACUGACUUAUUUUCUCUUCUGUGUGUGAUUUGGAAGCUCUUAUAACUUGCUUAGCCUCUUUCUGCCUAAUCUUUGGUUUCAUAUAUAUAUAUAAAUAUAAAACAUAAAACAAGAGGGGGUUGGCUGCACUCACCUUAACAUGCAUAAAUGGGGGUGCUGCUGGGGGCCAAAUAAUACAAUACACAAGAUCCAGCGCACUCACCUAUCCACUAAACAGCAACUUCAAUGUUGAAAGAUUUUAUUUGUUUUUUUUAAAACACCUAAUCUAGGCAAAAAUAAUGGGGGUUUAGUUACAUUAUAUGAUCAUACAGUACAUAAGCCUGCCACAACGUCAAUGUACCCCAUCUUUGGCAGGUCCUACACUAACAGCCUAAUGUCUGCUCUUAUGAGAUUAACCUACUUGGGGAAAGAAAUUCCAUCUGGGGCUCUCUGCAGUACAAGGCUAAAUAGGGCCCUGGGAUGAGGCACCUGUGACAGGGAGGGGUGCAAAACCAAGGAGUUGGCUAGACUCCCAAAUAUAUAUAAAACAAGAGGGGGUUGGCUGCACUCACCUUAACAUGCAUAAAUGGGGGUGCUGAUGGGGGCCAAAUAAUACAAUACACAAGAUCCAGCGCACUCACCUAUCCACUAAACAGCAACUUCAAUGUUGAAAGAUUUUAUUUGUUUUUUUAAAAACACCUAAUCUAGGCAAAAAUAAUGGGGGUUUAGUUACAUUAUAUGAUCAUACAGUGCAUAAGCCUGCCACAACGUCAAUGUACCCCAUCUUUGGCAGGUCCUACACUAACAGCCUAAUGUCUGCUCUUAUGAGAUUAACCUACUUGGGGAAAGAAAUUCCAUCUGGGGCUCUCUGCAGUACAAGGCUAAAUAGGGCCCUGGGAUGAGGCACCUGUGACAGGGAGGGGUGAAAAACCAAGGAGUUGGCUAGACUCCCAAAUAUAUAUAAAACAAGAGGGGGUUGGCUGCACUCACCUUAACAUGCAUAAAUGGGGGUGCUGCUAUAUAUACACACACACACACGUACAUCGGUUUACAAAUGCCUCGGUUAACAAUUUUUGGUUUACAAAUGAAAAUCAUGCCUCAGUUUUCAAUUUUUUUUUCACAAUACGAAGCAUUGCGUCUGGGAGGUUUCUAGCGCCGCCCCUGUGCAUGUUGGAGUCUGUGGGUAGCAAGACUUUUUGGAACUUUUUUUGGUGCAUUUCUCAAACUCAAAGCUGAGCUUUGUAGUUUGUAUGCCUUUUACUGUGUGUUCUGAAUUGUGGGUUGGUUUCCAUGCCAGCUAAUUUUUACUUUUUUAAGACAUCCGGAACGGAUUAAUUGGUUUUCAAUGCCUUACUAUGUGAAACCAUAGAGGAAACCGUUUCGGUUUACACAUUUUUUGCAGUACAAAAUGUCCUGGAGAAAGCAUUAAAUUUGUAAACCCGAGGUACCACUGUAUUUAUGUAAUACUGCUUAUGCAAUCUACACUAUACACACACACACACCACCUCUUUUCCAGGUAAGAUUUUGUCACAGAUCUUAUAACCACAGCCUUCUAGAGUAAUGAAAGUUCAGGACACAUCCAGCUCAGUUUUUUCAGUGAGAAUAUAUAUAUAUAUAUAUAUAUAUAUAUAUAUAUAUAUAUAAUAUACACACACGUGUUUCAAAAAUGAAAAAUAAACAAAAAAUUCCUUGCUCCUGCUUGAGCACUUACUAUACACAGCAAAUCCCUAUCUGGAAUUGGGUGGCUUUCCCACUUGCCAAUUUGCAAAACGUAUAACUGCAAGCCACCCUUCCUCUGGCUUUUCCUCCUCACUCUGCAGCAUGCUGAUCCCUUCUUUUUAAAAGCCUGCUAGCUAAUUGAUCAGAUACAGGUGAUCAAUUAGACAUAAGUGAAAUUACUAAGCAAAAUAAAAGUUCUGGUCCGACUGUUACUUAGCAGCUGGUGCUAUUGGAGCACUGGCCCAUCCUGCUCUCCAAGUGCUCCGCCCCAGGGACCCGUACCGUGGUUUGCAGAGUACCAGUAAUGCAUCUUGCAAACCUAACAUCUCUCCCUGGGACAUUUAACUCUCAAACCUCAGGCUGCUGUUCAGUAAAUCAGGCCUAAUGUAUAUGCCAUCAACUACCAAACCACAUUUUCUCUCACAUAUCCGCCCCCCAGCUCAUACCUAUGGGUUUGAGCGACCAUGGACAACAGCGAGUGUAUCUUGGAAAGCCCAUCAGCAUUUCCUUGCUUUAGACCUGCCCUGUGUUCAACCGUAAAAUUAAGACUGUAAACUCAGGAACCACCUGGUAACCCUGGAGUUAUUCUCUUUGUUCUGACACAUCCACGUAAGUGGUGCAUGGUCCGUCACCAAUCUGAACUUUCUCCCCAAUAGACAGUACUUAAGAGUCUAAUGCCCACUUAAUGGCAAGACAUUCCUUCUACUCCAUUGUUGAGUUCUUCUCAUGUGGGUUCAACUUCCUGCUUAAAAAUAAAUAAAUAAAAAAGACAGGGUGUUCUUUACCCAGGUAUUCCUGUGAAAGGACUGCCCCUAAUCCCACUUCAGAAGCAUCGGUCUGUACUAUAAAAUCUCUAGAAAAAGCAGGGGUAACAGACAGGUUGGCUUCAGAUAGCUUCCUUUAGAUCAUUAAAAGCUAUUUCAGCUUCUGGGCACCAUUUAACUAUAACAGACGACUUUGCUUUAGUGAGGUCUGUUAGAGGUGCAGCAAUAGUAGCAAAAUUUGGAAUUAAUCUCCUAUAGUAACCAGUUAAGCCUAAAAAUGCCCUUACUUGUUUUUGUGUAAGUGGCUGUGGCCAUUUUUGGAUGGCUUCCACUUUGGCAGUCUGUGGUCUAACCAAUCCUCUCCCAAUUGAAUACCCCAAGUACUUCGCUUCCUCCAAGCCAAUCGUACACUUUGAAGGAUUGGCAGUUAAGCCUGCUGAGUGAAUAGCAUCAAGCACUGCUUGAACUUUGGGGAGGUGGGAUUUCCAGUCUACGCUGUGGAUAACAACAUCAUCCAAAUACGCUGCAGCAUAACGAACAUGGGGUUUAAGAACUCUGUCCAUCAUUCGUUGGAAUGUAGCAGGUGCACCAUGCAACCCAAAUGGCAAUACAGUAUACUGUAUUCAUUACUUUAUUUAUUUUUACUAUUUUAGGGUGACUUUAUAUUAUGGUGCCUCUAUACUGUGGUGUGUUUAUACUAUGGUACUUUAAACUGUGAUGUCUUUAAACUGUGGUGCAUUAUGUCUUAUGUACUUAUUUCAUACUGUGAGGCUUUUUAUACUGUGGUGCGUUUAUCCUAUGGUACUUUUAAACUGUUGUGCAUUAUGCAGCUGUGCUUUUACUGCCUAUUAAACUGUGAGGCCUUUAAGUUUGGUGAUUUUUGCACCUUGUUGCCUUUUUAUCACCUUGCAAGCACUUUUACUUUAAUUCUUAUGCUUCCCCUCGGUCCCGGAGAUUUAUUCCCGAUUCCCUGGGUGUUCAGGGACCAUGUUAUGUAUGCUGCAGACCAAGCUCUCUCCCCGGUCUCUAGACAGCAAAUGCACUUGGAAGACUGCACAUGUACAGUUUGUGCUUUAAGGGCUUAAUACCAAUGACUUACAUUAUGGUAAUACAGAUUGCGGCAGACAUCUUGGAUAAGGGCAAUUGCCAGAGUUCCUAAAAUGGAGGGAAAUUUACUGUAAACAUCCCAAACUUAUUUGGAAAGUAUUUGCAAAUUCCCAGACAUGGGUAAGUGCUUUUUUAGACAGUUUUUUAAAUCUGUUUGACUGUUUUCUUGGUUGUUGAAUUUGACCAUGCCCUUUUGUACUUUAACACUUCGCCACAUGUAAUUUUUUUUUGUUUGUUUGUUUAUUUUAUGUCUAAAUAUACAAACGGGUUCUGAUUGUGAUGGAAAUGAAGUGGUAGGAAGACCGUUAUGCAUUUCCUGUCUUCAGAAGGUAACCUCUUCAGCUUCUCAUAUAUCUGCGCAGCCACGGGACAUAUUGGCAGAGCUUACAAAGGAAGUUGCAUGGUAUUUUCAGAAUCUACACCAUAUUUUGGUUCUGAUGGGAAAGCAGUGGAAGGAAAUCAGUUAUGCACUGCAUCACCUAUACCUGUGCAGCCACAUGACAGGCGGGCAUGACUUACAAGGAAGUUCCAAGGUAUUUCAAAGGCCUUGGAGGUAAGAAAAGAGGCCAAACUUUACCCUGUGGAGGAAGGUACUUCCACCCCCUGGACUACACAAUCUAAGGUGGAUGCACCGAUUCCAGGGUAGCCUGUGGGACGAUGCUACCGCUUGAUAACUCUGCUACUUUUUACUAAAGCCUAUGGAUCAAUGGAAGCAGACCUCUCUAUAUUUAUACGCCUGCAGAUGCAGGUUAUCAUCCAGCAGUAGGUUUCUCUGCUGUUUCUAGAACCAUAGAAAGUGUGAUUAUAGCUCUAAGUGCUACUGUGGAGAGAGAUAUUAAGAGCCAAGAUUGAAGAUGCAUUACUACAUCACAGAAGCUUCCCUAGAUGUAACUAGGAUACUCUCUAACAAAUGGCUUUAUCUAUAGCAGCUUGGAAAGCAUUAUGGUUCUGCUUAUGGAAUGAUGACUCAUCCUCCAAGUCUGCCCUCUAUGCCAUUCUAUUUGAAGUGGAGCUGCUGUUUGGGAAAGCUUUGGAUGAAUCCAUUAAAAAGGCAGCUGAGGGCUGUAAGGUAUUUGUACCUGAGGACUGAAGAUCCAAGAACCCAGGCUCCUCAGGGUCAGACAGGAGAACCUCCAGUGAUCAGAAUUUCUGAGAGACAUAGUUACUGACCCUGCAGGAUAUACUCCAGAGGUAACUCGUGGCAGUUGGUAAACCUGCCUUUCAAGGUUCUAACAGAGCUACGAAGCAGUAAUUUUGCUAUUCAACAAUAAACUUGUGUCUGACCUCCAGUACUAGGAGCCUUAUUUUAUUGGAUCGAAUAUACCUGGGCUUGUCACAUUCUGGAGACUUAGGUGGUAUCCAUAGUCCAGAUUGAUAUUGAUUGGAGUUUUUUCGUCAGACACAGGAGUCUCUAUUCUGAAAAGAGAAUUCAGACAGAUGAAUCUGAAGGAAUAUGUAUGAAAUCUUCUGGAUGAAGAUAUGAUUUCUUAGGUACCUUAACAAGAGUGGUUCUUGGGACAAUGUCCGCCUCUCUUCUGGUGCUAAAAGUAAAGGCACAUGGAAGCCUAUAUUGGACUUAAGAAGGGCCAACAAUAGGCUAAAUGACAGAGCCUUCAAGAUGGAGUCAAUCAGAUCCAUAUCUCCAGCAAUUUGGAAGGACAAUUUCCUUAUCUCUAUAUAUUUCUAGGAUGCUUACUAUCUUUCCAAUGCCCUAGAUGUUCAGCAUUAUCUCAUAAGAGAACAUCCAAUUGACUGCUCUACUAUUUGGCCUCACUGUAGCCCCAAGUACCUCCGUGUGCUUAUAGUGAUAUUGAGAGUCCAGAACACCACCUCAUUCCAUUACCUGGAUGAUCUACUUCUGGUAGCCUCAGACCCACAGAAAGUAGGCAAACAGAGGGUUGGUUAUUUCAGAAUGCCUGAAGUUUGGCUGCUUGAUGAAUAGCAGUCUCACAUCAGCUCAAAGGAUGACAUUUUUGGGUGGAGUAUUCUAUACUCUGCUUUUUCCCCUAUCUCAGGAAUAGUUCCACCGAUUAUGGAAGUUUUCUCUUCCAGUUUCUUCAUUUUCACUUCGUAACAGCAAGAAAGUAUAUGCAGCUACUAGGAUUCCACCAUCAGACUUGACAGAUGUGCCCAAUGACAUCUCAGGAUUCCGCAAAGGUCCUUCCUAUCUUAGUUCAACAAGAGAAAGAUGAAAUGGAACCAGACACUGACGAUGUCACCAUCAGUGGAGUUACACCCGGUAGAUGAAAAGAGAGAAUAUAUCUCUGGGUUUCCAGUGAAAGGAAUCUCAUUGGGCAAUUAUAAGCUCGGAUUCCAGUUUUUAAUGAUUUGAUACACAUUGUCUGGACCAUGUUAUACAAGAUCUGUGGAUAAGGGAAGGAACAAUAUUUCCAUCCAAUUUUAUGCUACGAGUUAUUUUCAGGACUCUUCUUCACUUCACAAGGUUGCUGUUGAACAAGUGGUCCAAAUUUGCUCAAAUAUCAAUGCAAAUGUAUCCUAUAUCAAUUGUCAAGGUGGGUUAUUGGUGAGGGAAUUACAGCCCAUCAUGAUCAGGGCACAGGAGAACAACCAGGGACUCAGAAAACAAUGGCUGUUACCUGAGCCGAGUAACAGUGGACAUGAUGGAAUGGCACUUUGUCCCAACGUAUCCUCAGGGUUGACUCAGAUUUGGCUGAUACCCUAUGUAGAUCUGAUGGCCACUUCUCGGAACUACCAGAUCCACUUCUCAUUGUUAGGACCAGAAUGCUCAUGCUUCAACAUUCCUAAAGGAAAUUCAAAAGGAGACAGUGGAAGGCCACAAAGACUCUAAAUCCCUAUGAGUUAAAACACACAGGGGAGCACAGAUUGGCACUUUCCACAUUUAUGGGUACCCAUUGAGCAUUUGAACCCCUGGUACUUUGCUUCAUGUAAAAAGCAAUUAAAUUCAAGCCUCCACUGAGGGUGUUGAAACCAAUAUGUGACCAAACUCUGGUCUUACAGGCUCUGACUAAACCAUAAUUAAAACCUAUAGCAUGAGUUUCCAUGGCGUUAGCACAGAAAGUGCUUUUGCUGGUGGCUGGUACCUCAGCAAGGUGAAUGUGUGAUGAUCCUGUGUACCUCAAUUCACUAAUUUUCAACAGGAUAUGGUUGUCUUUCAUUUAGCACCAGAGAUCCUGCUGUCAGGAUUACUAAUUGAUCCAGCACGCAGAAUUGUAUCACACCUAGGACUAAGGAUAAUGUCUAACUGGACCUUAGGAUGGCCGGACUUAACUAAUCCAAGAGUAGUCAGAAUACUUGACGAGGUCAGGGAUACAGAAUCAGACACAAUGAUGAGAAAAAGCCUACAGUCAAGGAUACCAGAAAUUAGGGAAGUCAGAACGAAGCCAAAGUCAAAUACCAAAAUAUUAAGAUCAGGAAUGCACUCUCGGAUUACCAUCAGGCAGAAACCAUAACAGGGCAAUAAGAGAAUGUAAAAAUUUGUUUAAAUAGCCCUCCUGUUUUUCCGAUUGGUUAUAAUCGACCUUUGACCCCAAAUCAUGCGCGCGGGUGACGUCACAGGCACGUUGACAGCGUGGACGGUCAUGGGGCUAUAAAGUGGCACAGAUCCCCAGCAGCUGGCGUCCCUAGACAUGCUGGGUUUAUCAGGUAUCCGGGCGCAUGGUUGCAGAUGGGCACAACUAUUCCUGUCAGGACAGUAAUUACCAUUAUAAACAUGUCUAUGUGCGGAUGAAUCCAUUACACCUGCCUAAGGUGAAUUUAUCAAUGCUAUUCUCUACCUAUACCAGAGGAUACCCAUUGAGUAUUGGAGCCCCUGGUGCUUUGCUUCAUGUAAGCAGCGAUUAAACUCAAGCCUUCACUGAGGGUGUUGAAGCCAAUAUGUGACCUACCACUGGUCUUACAGGCUCUGACUAAACCAUAAUUUGAACCUCUAGCAGGAGCUUCCAUGAUGUGGCUGGUGAAUGUGUGAACUCCAGGCUUGAUCCUGUGUACCUCCAUUCACUAAUUUCCAACAGGAUAUGGUUAUCUUGCAUUUAGCACCAGAGAUCCUGCCCAAGGUGAAAGCUUAUGAAUCCGUCCUCUACCUGUACCAAAGGAUUUCUCUCUCCACUCACGCAGUUUCAGCAUUGUAGGCUUCCAUGACAAUGGUCUAUGUUGAAAUUUUGUAAGUUGGCAUUUGGACCCAUUCGAACUCAUUUGUCCAGCAUUACAUCCUGAACAAUAAAGCAAUCAAUGAGGUGCAAUUUGAAUGUCAUGUCCUUAACCCCUUAAGGACCAAACUUCUAGAAUAAAAGGGAAUCAUGACAUGUCAGACAUGUCAUGUGUCCUUAAGGGGUUAAAUCUUCUAAUCUAUGUUAAAUUGUUCUGAUUAUUUGAUUGGCAGUUAUGUAUGUUUCUGUCCCUCCCUGGUAAGCCUGGGUAUUCCCCUAUGUAUAUGCUGCCAUGAUUAGCCAGGAAAGAGGAACAUUUAUUCAUACUAACCAUAAUUUUCUUUUCCUAGCUAUUGUUCAUGGCAGCAUAUACUACCCACCCAGUGUUGGUUUUACUUCUUCUGUAGGAGCUUGCUACUGAUUGAGGAACCUAUGCAAGGAUACUCCUUUUAAAGGCAUUUGUUUUAUUCCUGUCCUAUCGGCUGUAAAGGGAGGCGCUAACACAUAUGUAUAUGCUGCCAUGAAUAAUAGCCAGAAAAAGAAAAUUAUGAUAAGUAUGAAUACAUUUUCCUUUAUAUAGUCACAUAUUUUUUGCUCAUUUGUCCCCUAUUGGGAUUUUUAGCCAUCAUUAUUAUAUUUUUUUCUUUAUUUUUAUUUUAUUGCGCACAUUGUUUUUUUUAUCUAAUGUUUAUUGCAUUUGUGGUUUAUCAAGUAUUUAUGUAUUCAUGCACUUUGUGCUCAUUUGUGUUAAAUUAUUUGCUACUCUCUAUGGAUCUUUACGCGAUAAAUGUAUCUUCUACCAUUGUAAUAUUUGACAUAGAAUUCUGUGCUGCCCCCAUUAUCUUGUUCUGUAUAUUUUUCUGAUUGCUUUUCAGUUAGUCACCCUUCUUGUUUAGAGGGAGAAGCAUCUCUUGAAUCAUUGCUUUUUGUAUUCCAGAUAUUUUCAUUCCUUAACACAUUUUUCUUUUAUAUUUUUCUACCCCGGUUGGUAUUUUUAUUUUUUAUCUUUACAGCAAUAUACUGUAACACUGCCAAACUGUCUCCCUCAGUAGCUAGUGUAAAAGCAUCUAGAAUCAUUGUUGUAUUGCUCAUUCUUUUUUCCAGCUGUGCCCUAACCAUCCAUUUAUUUUGUAUUUAUUUUUUACAACCCACAUGACGGGAAGAUUAUUAUGAGAAACUAAACUGCUUAUUAACCCUUCCCCCCCCCCCAAAAAAAAAAUAAUAAAAUAAAACAUUCCUUUUUUCCUGGUGAAGGAACACACUCAGAAUCAAGAACUGAACUGAACAUUUUGGGGAUAGCGCAAGUCGAUUCACCUGAAAUUCUGCCCCGUGGAAAUGUAAAAUUGUUAUCUUCUUCUGAUCAUCAGAUAAGCCCAAAUCCAGCAGAAUUGCUGUUCAGUCCAAAACGAAUCUAGAAGUCUAGUAUUGUUUUACCGUGUAAAAUAUACAAAUAACCACUAGAUGGCAAUGCAGCUUUAAAAAUUAAUCACUUCAAGUCUAGCUAAAUAUAAUAUAAAGCCUAAGAAUUGAUGUGGGGAAAGAAAAAAACAUCAAAAAGACAUAAUACCUAAUAUUAUGCCAUUUAAAAACAAAUACAUUCAAGAUAGGAUCAGAGCUACUGUAUGGAUGAUUUUAAAUAAUGACAAUCAGCUAGAAAGCUUGUGUGACAAAGGCCAUAUUUUUAACAAUUUCCUCAUUUAUUAAUUAUAAAUAACUGUUUAUUGUCAAAACAUUAUAUCAAGAGUGAUUGAGUUAUUAUUAACAGGCAUUUUAGAAAUCUAUUAACAAGUUUGAUCAACCAUCCAAAUUGCUUAAAGAGUAGCUGGGCAACGUAGACUGAAUUAUAACCAAAUUACAUAUUUUUUUUUAUUAAAAACUGAAGCAUUUAACUGAAAAGUAAAAAAUAUAAAACAAUCAGACAUUAUAUUUGACUUCUAUAGUGAUUGCCCACAAGUGUAUAAACUGGUUAGUGUAUCUGUUAAACAGUUAUUAUACUUUUUGUUUGCCCACGCAUAGGUAAGUCAAAAAGAUAGGGUGCCCUAUCAGUGAUGAUCUGUUUUGACAUUAGUUGAAUUAACAAUUAUGUUUGUGUUUACAGCUUCGAAAUGUGGCAACCUCAAAUCCGAAAAUUCAAGAGAGUAUUGUUAACACUCACAAUCGUUUAAGGCAACAAGUUAAUCCUCCUGCAAGUGACAUGCUAAAAAUGGUAAGGAAGCAAGCACCAUAGGUUUUUCUCUGAAUAUUUUACAAUUAGCAUAAUAAAACAUGUUCCUUAAAUAUCUCUUGUAAUUUUACAAGACUGGUCAACACAGUAUUAUGAACAAUUGAUGUCAUUACUUAAUGUUCUGUUUAACUUGUAAAGCAAAGCUUUCUUAUUUGCUGUCCGUCUGUCCUGUCUGUCCUAUGUAAUCUGUCUGUCCUAAAGAUUUAAAACAUUGUCAUAGCAUCGCUUUCAGAAUACUGACAACAAAAUUCUAAUGUAUUUGUAUAACGUACAUUUUUUUUCUAGGAAUGGAACACGGAAGCACAAAGGAAUGCUUACAAUGUUGCUAGGUUAUGUUCAUUUCUUCACAGUUUUCCAUCACAACGAAAAAUAACAAGUAAGUAUAUGCUAUAUACAUUAAACACAAUUUUCCUAUUACCUAUUUUUAAAGGAACAGUCUGUCUUUUUUAUAACAUAAAUCAAAUGAACAUUUAGUUUAACACUAGUUCAAGAGUUAAGUAUUAUAUUUGAGUACUAAUAAUAUAUAAUCCAUUAGUGUAAAUAAUUCAGCAUUAACCAGUGUAUACUGCAUAGAAUAGGUACCUGAUUUACCCUUGGGAGGAAGCACUAGGAAAUGGAAAAACAAAAAAAAUAUUUAAAAAAAGUUAAUAUUCUUUUUUGAAAGCACUAGUACAUCAGUCAAAGGAUACUCGGAGGAAGAUGAUAGGAUUUUAUACCUUCAUCAGUUAAAAGGAAUUGUUAUAUUAAAAAAUAGAUCAACCAUAAUGUAUCUUUUCUUAUACUCACAUUCUAAUUAAUCACAAGGGAUUAAGCCCAUUUGAUUAUAUAUAUUAAAAAUGUUCAUAAUUCUGUUCCUGUGCCUCUUAGCGGAUUACAAAAAAAUAGAAAAAAUUAUGUUUGCUUCUGCUAUACCAAUGCUCACUAGGAGUGUGAAAAACACAAAGUAAACAAACUGAAAAUUACUCUACCAUGAAUGGCAACAAACUCCAGUGUAUGUAUUGGCUCUAUGGAUAACCAUAGAGAUUUGUGCAUUACCAUGUGUACCUUAAAAGGCCAUAGGCAUGGAGAAUGUACUGCAAGAUGGAAAGCUCCAUAACCCCGGAGGUCUAGGGGGGUCUACAAGGCACUUCCAAUGUGUACAUCAGAUCAGGCAUAUAUGAGGGGGACAACAAGUAGCAUUCUAGAGCCCCCCUGUGUUUAUAUAAUAUACCAAUAAAGAAAAUAAACAUUGAACAGAAAAUAAACAGAAAAUGAAAUUGCGAAAAGCAUAUACACAAGGAACAUGUGUUGCAGCAAAUCUUCAUGCUCCUGAUUGGGACAAUGCAAACUGCAAUAGUAGGUCAGCCUGGAGCCAUAGAUCCUAAUUGAUGAAGACUGCACUGUUGAUAAUGUGCCACUGAUUAGCAGGCCUGGUAUUGCUUGAGCACGAAGCAUGUCCCAAUGGUUGCAGGAACAUAGCAACCUCCAACCGUGAUAUCAGCUGGUAAUGAAGGCCAUUGUUUUCAGUAAUAAAAGCCCUUGGGUACUCUCAAUUAUAUGAAAUAUCUGCAGCUCGUAGUUGGGAGGUCAACCCUUUGAUGGAGGCUCACCAUUGUUGCUUCUGCAGUCUUUGGUUGGGGAAGAAACUCAGUGAUUGUUCCUCAAAGAUGAGGGAGUUUGUCCUCGAACUCAUAGGAAACCCUCCUUGCUGUUUCGUGUUUUGAAGCACAUUAUGACAUUGUUAGGUGCAGGUUUUUUUUGCGGGCUUGCCCAGGUAUGUCUAAAGACAGACCCUUAGCCUGUUUGGGCAUUGUGGUAGUGGAGAACAGUCUCCUAAUAAAUUCCUCUAGUUUAGCAGUGUCUAUGGUGUCAGGGAUACCCCUCACCUUCAGAUUGCAUUGUCUUGCAGUGUGCUUCAGUUUCUCAACCUUAUUGCUCAACUGUGCACAUAUGGUGAGCCCCAGUAGUAGUAGUUUGAGUCAUAGGCCAUGGACAUCUUCCUCUGUAGCCUGUAUUCGACCAGACAGUGUGUGCAGAUGUUCCUUCAGUAUUGCCAAUUUCAAGGUGAAGAAGGCCUUAAGAUCCAACACCAUAUUAGAGAAAUGUUGCAGCUAGUGGGGGUUCAUUCUGCCUUUGAUGCAAAUCUCUAUUAUUAUAUUUAUAUAGCGCCAACAAAUUCCAUAGCACUUUACAAUGGGUGGACUAACAAACAUGUAAUUAUCACCAGACAAGUUGGACACACAGAUACAGAGGGGUUGAGGGCCUUGCUCAGUGAGCUUACAUGCUAGAGGGAGUGGGGUAAAGUAACACAAAAGAUAAGGGAAGUAUUAGGGAAGUAGAUUUGUAGAGUAGUAUUCCUACAUAGCUGAUGCGGAGUCUCCACGAAUCCCAGAUCUUUGUCCUCUAAAGGUCGAUAGUGCAUUUUGAGUCUGACAGUAAGUCUGCAGGGCUGGGAGAGUAUCUGGCUGAUGCUGUGGGAGUGUCCCUAACUUAACCUUAGGGUCUUUUUGGAGUGCUUCCCCAUGGUGUACCGAGGUGUGUAACAGCCUUCAGUGUGCUGAAAUAUGACCAGAUGGAAUUCUGUAGUGUAGUAUACUCAAGUUUUCACCGGAGCUCAGGUGUCUUGUGUCUAGUCAGGUUGACGGUUAGUUCUGCCCCCAUGUUUUAAUAUUCUAAUAUCAUCUUCUUGUUAUAAUAUACAUCUCGUUUUUUGGUUUUUUUAAUUUAUCUAUACUGACAUUUUUAAAGAAACAGAAUUUCUACUUUUACACUCCAUUUUUCCAACAUCCAUCUCUAUGAAUUAUCAGUUAUCUUACCAUUGCUCAUUAUUUUGCAACAAUUAUUGUCUUUCAAAUACACCUGACAAAAAUUGCUGCUGUAAAGUAUUAAUAACACCCAAUAUUGAAAACAACAGAAAGAUGCAAAAUAGUAAGUAUGGGGUCACCUAACUGACAAUCCAAAUAAAAGGUGCACAAUGAUUUCUAUCAGGAAGGACAAAUGGGAAAGGUAGGCAAAAUAUUUAUUUAAAAAACUGUUUUAUUUAGACUUUUUUGGGGUAAAAUAUAUAGAUAGAUACCAAAAUAUAUCAUUAUUUAUUUGCCUGACAUGAAGGAUAUUGCAGAAGUCCUGGCAUUUCUAAAAAUCCGGGUGUAUCGGGUGAAAUGGACUCCAUUUGCGUUGACUGUUUCUUUCCUUAUAUUGUGUAUAUAUGACUUCUGCAAUGUCCUUGAUGGUUGUUAAAUAAAUAGGGAUACCUUUUGGUGUCUUUAGCCUUUUGUCCGGGGCUAGUGUAGGGAUAAUUUUUUUUUAAUUUUUUUAUUUUUUUAUUUUUUAUUUUUUCCUUCGUCAUUAUUUUCUGCCCCUAUAUUACACAAUGCUGUAUUAUGAUGGACCCCUGUCAUUUCAUACAAUCUGAAAGCUGGAACGCACAAAGGACAAUUUGGGGUACUACAUCAAAAUAAUUUAUAUUAUUAAUAUAUUAUUUAAUUUGGGAACUAUGGAUUUAGUAUGUACAUAUGGGAUACAUGGUUGAAGCAUUUAGUGACAGUGACCCCUAGUGUUUUAUAUGGGGUAAUUGAGAUUCAUAACUUUUUUUGCUAGAUAUUAGUUUCACUUUGUGUCGAAAAUACUUUGGACUUGACUCCUUUGGACCAUGCACUAGUUGUCUGUAUGAUUUUUCAAUGGCAACAAAAGGUGUUUGUUUUUUUAAACUAUUGUGCAUCCAAGUUUUUUGUUUCUUUCAUGCGACAUUGUGGCAAAAAUAAAGUAGAUGAAAUAGUUACUACAUGAGAAACAGUAUGUUGGAUGCUCUUAAUUUAAAGGGGCACUCCUGGUAAUAACAAACUAAUAUAUAUGUAAUUAGCUACGUUAUCAGGACACCCAGGGCUCGAGUCCUGCAGAAACGCAUGGGAACAGCGUUCCUGCACUUUUUCCAAAGCAGGAAUGCUGUUCCCGCUAGUAGUCAUGCAGGACCUGCCCUGUUACCAGCACACUGGGGCUCAGCACACUCUGUGUUCCCUCUCCAGCUGCAGCUCACAUCUGCCAUGGCAACACUCCACACAGCACGCAGGCGAGUGUCGCAAGAGUUAGAGCUGGAGACGGAACACAGAGUGUGCUGGGCCCCCAUGUGCAGCAGCUGACUCCCUUCACCGGACCACCAGGCAAUCUCCCCCUUCCCUGACAAGGUUAGAAGCAGGGAGGGGAAAAAAAAUAAAUAUAAAUACACAAAUUGAAAAAAAUGCUUCCCCCCCAACACACACACACACACACACACACCAUCCAACAUACACACACACAUCAUACAACACACACACACUAUAUUCAUUAUACACACACUGCACUCACUACAUUCACUAUACACAAUCUGCACUUACUACAAACACACUACAUUCACUAUACUUACUCAGCAGUCAUUAUAUACACUGCACUCACCACACACUGCAUUUAUUAUUCACACUCUGCACUCACUACACAUACACUACAUUCAUUAUACACACUCUGCACUCACUACAUACAAUAUACAUAAUCUGCACUUACUACAAACACACAACAUUCAUUAUACACACUCUUCACUUACUACAAACACAUUACAUUCACUAUAGACACUCUGCACUCACUACAAACACUACAUUCAUUAUAUACACUCUGCACUCACUGUAUAAACACACUGCAUUCAUUAUACACACUGCUCUCACUACAUACAAUAUACAUAAUCUGCAUUUACUACAAACACACACUCUUCACUUACUACAAACACAUUACAUUCACUAUACACACUCUAUACUCACUACAAACACUACAUUCAUUAUAUACAUUCUGCAUUAACACACUACAUCUAUUAUACACACUGCACUCACUACAAACACACUACGUUCAAUAUACACACUACAUUCAUUAUACACACUCUGCACUCACUACAAACACACUACAUUCAUUAUACACACCCUGCACUGCACUAUAUGCAUAGGAGUGUAAUUUUUUCUUUAUUUUAGGGUGAGGGGAGUGAUCUUCGGUGAGUUCCCACACUUUUUUCCCCAGGACUUGACCCCUGAGGACACCCAAUUUUGUAGAACCCUGAUAUGCAGAACACUAUGUGAUAUACUCAGCAGUGUGGAAAGUACCAUGGAACGUUAUUACAGCUCACUGUUUUGCUGAUCACUUGCCUGUCUAAGGAGCACCAAAUGUUGAAAUCUAAAGCCUGAGAGUUUGUUGUUGCAGCAACUUCAAAUGUGGGACUUUCUAUUUAUCUUUUUAUUUUAUUAUUUGGGAGUGGUCGUAUUCUUAAAUGCAUUAUAUAUACAUUGCAUGAAAAAUACUGAAUAUAUUCCAGCAUGGAAAAAGUAGCCACAUUUUGUCUUAUGUUAUAUUUUACACAGGGUGUGAGAGCAUUACAUUUUAUUACAUGUGGCUUUAUUUGAUUUACAUAUGUAAAUUCAAUUUAAUUGAAUAUCUAUUCCAGGACCAAUUAGAGCUCAAUGUGGUGAAAACAUCUUUAUGUCAAGCGAUGAGACUGACUGGGACUCUGUAAUACAAUCAUGGUAUGAUGAGAAGGAGUUCUUUGAAUAUGGAUACGGAACAAUAGAUCAAGAUGAGAUGGUUGGCCAUUAUACUCAGGUAGUUAUGGUUGUGAAACACUAUAUAUAUAUAUAUAUAUAUAUAUACACCCACAUGGUCGAAACUGCAGUCUAUGGCUGCUUUCUUGUCACUGAUUCUUCUCAUUUGAUGUCUAAAAUGUUAAGACUAGUGUCCAUUGCUAAGGGUAUCUGCAGAAAUGCAAGCUGAACUCUGAAACACUGACUGCCUGCGCUCAUUUGAAUGUCAAGCUGGGAACUCUGGGAUAGUUGUGGAAGCAUGCUUUUUCUGGUUUUUAUGCCCAAGAAGGACCCUUCAAAGUUCAAAUUGAAAUAUGUAGGUGAUGCAUAACAGUAAAUGUGUUUUGAUCUAUGUGGAGUUGCAUCAUGUUAAAUCCUUGUUCACGCCAGGGAGACCCGUGUAUCAAUUGAUACCUGGGGCUUCCCUAUGUCAGCUAUUUAGUGGCCCCAGACUGGCAGAUGAGCUGUAUGCAGUGCUCAAAGUAAGCCCUGCAUAAAGCCCUUUAAAUGGCAUUUAAAUUCUUGUGGCUGAGCGAUUGCCAAUCAUUGAUUAUGGGGAUGUAAUAUAUGCAUCUGCACCACAAUCCCACAUUAAUAAACUCAAUACAUUGUAUAACUCGUUCUGCCGAGUUGUGCUACAAUGUAAUUACAGGAUACACCAUUGUGACAUGCUAAAUUAACUAAACUGGCUGUCGCUGGAAUCCAGAUGCACCCUUCAUCUUUCCAGCCUUGUGUUUUAGAGCUUUUCUGGGAAACUCCUACCCUACCUGAGCAGAAUACGCUCCUCGGCUGUUCCCACCUCCUAUAACCUCCGAUCCAGGACUAGCACUUUAUUUAGUCUACCUCAAUACAAAAAGAAAGCAGCCCAAUCCUCCUCCUCCUACAGAGCACCGCAAUUGUGGAACGACCUCCCGCACAUUUUAAAAUCUUCCUCAAGCCUAAAGUCCUUUAAGAGAUCCCUCUCUACAUACUUCAAAACAGAAUGCAUGUGUCAUGGUUGAUUAUAUAUUUCCUACCUGUUCUAUGUUAAAUUUUGUAUAUUUUGUGUUAAUAUUGUUUUUUUUUUAUUUUAUUGUACCCUAAUGUAUCAAUGCAAUGUUUUGUGAACCCAGGACAUACUUGAAAAUGAGAGAAAUCUCAAUGUAUCUUUCCUGGUAAAAUAUUUUAUAAAUUAAUAAAUAAAUAUUGUGAUUCUGAGCCUGCCUGCCUAGAAAUGGAGAUUCUCAGUCUGAAGAACCCUGACUGUUACUCACUGCAAUCCCCUCUUCCUAAUUUAAUUGGUGCUGGGCUUUGGCAGUUGCCCAGCACUGAUCACAGUGUUAUUGACACAGACAGUAUAUCAGGCUGAUGCAUGAGAGGGAGAUUUCCCUCUGAUUCAGUAAACUGACAAUAGAUGGUGAUUUUAGCUGGGAAAUCACUCUGCUUUUGCCAGGAGAGCAAUUGUAGGCUAACGUUGGUGUCAUAUUUAUUGUAUGGUAAAGGUUAAUGCUGGCUUAGGGUUGAUGCAGGUUCAGGGUUCGGGUUCAGGGUUAGGGGUAGAGAUGGAUUAAACGUAGGAUAGGUGUUUGAUUAGAUUUUCUGUAAGCAAGGUAGGAUGGUAGAAAGGAUUGUGGGGGUCCUAGACAUAUAAGGUAUUUAACAAUUAGGAUACAUGGAUCUAUUUUGAUUUCUCUUUCUUUAGUUGCACUUGAUUUGUAAAAAUAGUUUUUCCCAUUUUUAUUGUUUUGCUCACAUUUAAUGCUGUGUUAUAUGUACAUAUAGGAUAUUAAAAUAAAGCCCUUUUUGUCCUUUAAGAAAUAAUAAGUAAUAUGUAUUGGGACACUCAGAGAGAAACCCUUAAAUUACAGUGGAACAAACAAAAAGCACAAAUUCUAGGUUUUGUUUUGGUUCAAAGGUUGGAUUGUUGCCUCGCAAUUAAAAAUGCCAGCCAUGGUAGUGGCAGGAGAUAGCUAGCACUCCUGGCAUUACUGCAUAAAAUCCCUGUCUGCCACCUAUGCUUUAAGAUCCAUAUAGAUAGCCAACUGAUUAAUAGUCUGACCUGAACUAAACCUACUAUUAUAAGGACCGGGCAUUUUUGAAUCACAGCGGCCCACUGAGAAGGAGGCAGGGCCAGAAAGGGGGUGUUUUAUCAUAACCAGUGACCAUUUUUGUUGGUUCAAUGCUUUUCCAGAGCAGUCCGUAUGCAGAGCCAUGCUGAAGAGCUCUCCCUUGAGAAAAAGGCCCUGAAUUUGUCCCGGUUUUUGGGAUUGUGGAUGUGUAUAGUUAGCUGAUUGUGGAGUUUUGUUUAAGCAGAUGUUUCAAUUGUGUUGUUUGUGGUGUGAUGUGUAGCCAGGGACUAUAGAGAGUGAGAUAUAGUGUCUAUAGGGAUAGUGAUUAAUGUUUGCAAAGGAACUGUAGUGUAUGUGUGUAAAGUAGUUGUAAAAAUUGUGUGUUUAGGGAAUGUAGUGUGUGUUUGUUAACAGGGGAUCUGUUGUGUUCAUUGGAGAUCCAGGUUGUGUAUAUCAGGAAUGCAGUGUGUGUGUGUGUGUGAUGCAGUGUGUGCCUAUAGGGGAUAUAUUAUGUGUAAGUCUCAUUGUGUUUAUAGGAGAUCUAGAGUGUGUGUGUGUUCGUAGCGGAUUCAGAGUGUCUAGGGGUUCUAAAGGGUGUGUGUGUGUGUGUGUGUGUGUGUGUGUGUAGAAGGUCCAGAGUUGUGCAGGGGAAAUAGUGUGUGUGGACUAUAGUGUGUGUGUGUGUGUGUGUGUGUGUAGGAAUGCAAAAGGUGUGUGAAGGGCUCAGAGCAUGUGUGCGAGGGGUGCAGUGUAUCUAGGGUGCAGUGUGUGUAUGAAGGGUGCAGUCUGUGCGAAGGGUGGCAUGUGGGAGGGCAGUAGUGUGUGUGUGUGUGGGGGGGUGGUGGUAUGUGUGAGAGAUGCAAUAUGUGUGUGUGCACAAAGGGUGCAGUCUGUGUGUGGAGGGUCCAGUGUGUGCAUGUUGGUGCAGUGUGAAGGGUGGAGUGUGUGUGAGGAUCUGAUCUUGAGAAAGACCUGGAUAGGUCAAAAUGUCGAUCCUCAGUUUUUUUGCACAAUAAACCAGUUACGCAUUUUUUAAGUGCAGGAGUGCACCUUUAUUGAUAAUUGUAUAUAUGUAUGUAUAUAUGUGUGUUUAAAAAAAUAAACUAUAUAUAUAUAUAUAUAUAUAUUUUAUUUUUUUUUUUUUUUUUUUACUUUUUAUUCAAAAUAUACUUUAUAUCCCUCCAUUCUAACCUUUGAUCAGGAAGGGGGGAUUAUGCUUGUAAAACCUGGUGGUCCGGUGGGGAAGUGGUGAGUGAACCUGCAGCUCCUGAGGCUAGAGUUCACUCUUGCGAGAUUUGGCCAAUGCAUUGCCUCGCAAGAAGAGUCGUUGGCGGAUCUGAAGGCUAGAGCUCCCUGGUGUUCUCUCUCUCCGUCCCCAGCUGGCCACUACAUUUCAGUGACUGUGGGCUUGUGAGGGAGAUCCUUGAUCUCACCUUUGGCCCGUCAUGGUACACAGCAGAGCUGGUGCUUGGAUCUCCCCUGCCAGCCUAGGCUGAUGGUCAUCACUACCCACCGGCAUUUGCCUGAUUUAGCCAAUGGCUAGUCCUGGCCUGCCUCUUAAAAACAGCCAGUCUUAAGACUUGGUUACCUAGUUGUAGAAAAAAAACAAGUAAUUUUACUUUACAGCCAUCAUCAUAAAAAAAUCCACGAAAACAACAAUGAACAUUGGUUGGGAUUACCAAUGGUCAGUGUAGCGGAGCAUGGGUAACCUAAUUAGUUAACUCCGCUAAUUCCUUCCCUUAGCCACUCUGGAACCAUUAAAACAUGCAGACAUCCAUUUCCUCAGUAACCAGAUGAAACAUAUUUCUGGGAGUCUACUGACUAAUUUUUGACAACACAUGGCUAUGCACAGACCCCUACAUAGGAUCUCCAAUACAAUAACACAGGGGUUUCUACCCCAAGAUCCUCUGUGUCUGAGAGAUAAUUAUGUGAGAAAAACCUAUAAUUCAAUUAUCUCUCAGGUCCAGAAAAGCUAUACAAAACAUACAGUAACCAUAAGUGCCCCCACCAUAACUAGGAAUCCCUGAAUCUAAGUGUAUAACAUCCAAAGAUCACUCAGAUCGGUUCGGUGAAACGGGAAUGCUAGUUUGGAUUUAAAUAUAGCUAUUUUGUAGAUUUGUCUGAUUCCAGGCAAGAUCCAGUAUUAAUCUGAGAUUUGGUAAAUGUGUAAAUAAAAUUACAAAUUUUAAACCAAACGCCAAAUUUAAUUCUAUUAAAAAAAAAAAAAAGAUUUAAGUUGAAUGACUGAAUUUCAACUGUACAUGUCUUUAGUAAAUAUGGAAUUUGCAAGUCUGGUUUUAUUUUAACUGAAUUUUGUCAAUCCAGAACCUAGUCAAUUUAGUCCUUAGUGCAUAACUCUAAUAGUUUAAUAAUUUAUGUUCUUCCGCUGUUUUCUUUUCCUCCAACAGUUAAAUACAUUGCUCUUAUCUAUUUCCUUCACAUUUAUUUCCCAAGUAUCUUUUAAUGAAGCUCAUUUGCGAUUUUGCUCUGCUCAACACUAAGUGGCCACUAUAUUAGGCAGACUUGUCAUUGAAUUUAAAUAGCAAAACAGAAGGUCAUGCAGUUUUAACUAUUAUAUUUAUGUAGAUAAUUAGUUCCGAGCAAUAUUCUCUGGUCUUCUAGUUGUGAAGAGAUGUGGACCCUUGUGUACCAUGCCAAUGUAUCAUUUAUCAUGACACAGAGGCUGGAAAGAAGAGUUGGGGACAUGCCAUCAUUGACACCUGCCUGAUAUAAUGAGCCUUCUCCAUCCUAUACAACAGAAACAGGAAGUGUGGGGCUAUUCAUCAUAGUUAUCUAGACAAUCAUUUCUCAACAAACGUUAUCUAAUAUGGGUUGUUGUUAUUACUAGAGGUUUCUGGAGACACCUUACACAACAUUUAUUUUAUAAGGUCUAUUCCAACGUCCCCUAGGAAAUGAAGACCUAGAAAUAACAGGGUUUUCUUAUGUGGGAAGGAGGAGAAUCCAUGACACAUUGCAAGAUUUACCAUCUACUUUUGGUUCUCAUGAUAACAGUCUGGGCAAUGAAUCAAAUGAAGAAAAAAAAAAUCCACUCAUUUUAAUUUACCCAAAAUGUUGUGGAACCGCUCUUCCAUCAGCCUACGCUAGACUAUUUCCAAAGCUGCAGAGUUCGAUGUAGACUGAUGCACCACAACACCAUCUGAAAUAUGUGUCAUGCUGCUCUGGAAAUUGAAUCUAUGUGCCCAUUCAAACUUAUCGGUCUAACCCUGUUGUGAGAAUGACACAGUAAAUUAAGGCUUUAUUGUGAUAUUUAUAUAAAACAUUAAUACGAUAACAAUAAUAAAAUCUGACAUCAGUACAUGGACAAACAUAUUUUAAUGGUACUAGGCUAAAAUAUUAAUAUCUAAAUAUUUUUUGUUUUCUAUUUUUAUUUUAAGGUUGUCUGGUCCACUUCUUUUUUAGUUGGAUGUGCGGUAAACUACUGCUCUGACACUGAUUUCCCAUUCUUGUACAUUUGCCAUUAUUGCCCACAGUAAGUACUGCAUAAGUGCACGCUAUAUUAUUUUGUUAUUUUUAAAUUUAUUUUUGAAACUUUAAAACCUGAAUUAAUAUUAACAUAAAAAUCUACUAGGAGAGAUUUAAAAAUACCUUGAAAUCAUAAUAUUAGUAUGAAAUAUGUUAACCCCUUAACGCCAUUACGGCGUUCUAUGUUGUCCCCAUUGGUCUUCAAAGCUGUUGCAGCGGCAUAGAACCGUAACCGAACCGUAACGGCUUUCUGCUCCAGGAGGUGAGAUUUACUUACCUCCGCUGUGAUCCUCUUCGGGAGGACUGCCUGACAGCCCAGGCACCCCUCCCACAGCAAAUCAGGCCCCUGGGGGGCCAUGUGAUCGCUCUCAAAGAGCGAUCACAUGGCCCCCUAUAGCUGGCUGUGGAUCUGCCAGCAAGGGGACUGUCUGAAAUGUCAGACAGUCCCCCUGCUGGUGUGUAGUGUAAAAAAAAAAUAUUAGACAAGUUUAAAAUAAAAUAAGUGUGUGUGUGUAUAUAUGUAUAUAUGUGUGUGUGUGUGUGUAUAUAUAUAUAUAUAUAUAUAUAUAUAUAACGUCAUACAUAGUGUAUUUUUAUGUUAAUAUAAGUACAUAUAUUAGUAUUAAAAUACACUUAGAAUGAUGUUACAUAUAUAUAUAUAUAUAUAUAUAUAAUUAAUUACAAUAAUAAAUAUAAUAAUAAAAUAAAUAAAUAAAAUAUUUUUUAAAUUAAAAUAAAUUAUACAUAUGUAAUUUUAUUCUAACUGUAUUUUGUUAUUAAUAAAAAAAAUAUAUAUAUAUGUAACAAAAUACACUUAGAAUGACAUUCUAUAUAUAUCUAUCUAUAUAUAAAAUACAAAUAACUGCAAAUAUAUAUAUAUAUAUAUAUAUAUAUAUAUAAUUACAUAAAUAACUACAUAAGUGUACACGUAGACUUUAAAUACAUACAUAUGUAUAUAUAUUAAAAUUCUAUGUGUAUAUUUAAGUAAUAUUUUAACAUAAUUAUGUGAUUUAAUUAAUUAAAAUUUGAUUGACCACCCAGGCAGAAAGUGCAGAGAAUUUGAAUUGCAAGCACUAAAUUUAACCCUGUAACUUUCCAAGAUACCAUAAAUCCUGUACAUGGGGGCUACUGUUUUACUCGGGAGACUUCGCUGAACCCAAAUAUUCUCAAAAUGGUAACUUGUAUUACAACAAUGAUAUUUUUAGUAAAAGUUACUUUUUCGCAUUUUUCACACACGAACGGCCCUUUUACUGACAAUAUUAUUGUUGUAAUAUGUUUUACUGUUUUAAAACACUUAUUUUUGUGUUCAGUGAAGUCUCACAAGUAUAACAGUAGCCCCCAUGUACAGUUUUUUAUGGUGUUUUGCAAAGUUAGAGAGUCAAAUAUAAGGCUUGCAUUUCAUUUGUUUUCACAUUGAAAUUUGCCAGAUUGGUUAUGUUGCCGUUUGAGACUGUGUGGUAGCCCAGGAAUAAGAAUUACCCCCAUGAUGGCAUACUAUUUGCAAAAGUAGACAACCCAAGGUAUUGCAAAUCGGGUAUGUCCAGUCAUUUUUAGUAGCCACUAAGUCACAAACACUGGCCAAAUAUUUGUUUUUUGCUUUUUUUCACACAGUCACAAACACUGGCCAAAUUUAGCAUUCAUUUGUUUUUAAGUGGCUACUACAAAAGACUGGACAUAUCCUACUUGCAAUACCUUGGGUAGUCUACUUUUGCAAAUGGUAUGCCAACAUGCGGGUAAAUCUCAUUCCUGGGCUACCAUACGGUCUCAAAGGUAACGUUACUAAUCUGGCAAAUUUCAAUGUGAAAAAAGUGAAAAAUGGAAUGUGCUAUAUUAGACCCUUUAACUUUCCAAAACACUGUAAAAACUGUUAAUGGAGGCUACUGUUGUACUCGUGAGACUUUGCUGAAUCCAAAUAUGUGCUUUUUGUGCUGUACAAAAAUAUAAAUUUCUCACAGUUUUUUUUCAUUUUAUUCAUAAUUUAUAUUUCAUAUAUCAAUAGAAGUUAAAGCCCUGUUUCUCCUGAACAAAAUGAUAUAUAAUAAGUGUGGGUGCACUUAAUAUGAAAGAGGUGAACUACGGGUGAACAGACAUAUGGCGCAAAUUCCAGUUUUUUCUUACGUUUUGUUUUGAUCAGAACGUGUACUAUUGACUCCGUCCUGAAGGGGUUAAUGCAUUAGUGAUAGCUAAUUUCACAUUGUGUAGUGAUAACUAACCUUGGCAUUGUAGAAUUUGUAGGAGGUGUAAAUAGACCUACAAGCAACAUAACGAUUACAACUUAUUGUAGUUUAAAGCACCAAUGGAUGAAAAUCCCUUUGUUUAUGCUAAACUAUUUUAAUUGUAAUAUUAUAAUUAUAGACAUAUAUUAUAUUAAUUUUAAUAUAUAUUCUUUUAAUAUUUAAUUUUUUGGAUUUCUGAGCACAUCAAGCUCCUAACCACCAGCUGUUAGGAACAUGGUAAUAUGGGAAUUCACAUCCUUAUGCCUUUAUCAUAUAAUGACACUGUGCAAUGCGAGGUAGUGAGCACUGGGAUAUUGGACAGUUUUGUUCUGGAUAAAAUACCAGAAUGAAAAUAUAUAUAUAUAUAUAUAUGUGUGUGUGUGUGUAUAUAUGUGUGUGUGUGUGUGUGUGUGUGUGUGUGUAUAUAUGUGUGUGUGUGUGUAUAUAUAUAUAUAUAUAUAUAUAUAUAUAUAUAUAUAUAUAUAUAAAAAUUCAGCUUAUUUUAUUUAAUUUUUUUCCCCACAAUUAAAGAAAAUAACAAACAAAUAAAAACCUUUAACCCCUUCUGGAAUAAAAGGGAAUCGUGACAUGUCACACAUGUCAUGUGUCCUUAAGGGGUUAAAUAAAAAAGAAAUAAACAAAAAGAGGGGAACAAGACCUCAACCACACCAAUAUCAUCACUCUUUCUCUCUAGUCACUCUCACCCCCAUCCACCCUCCCAGUCCUCUCCCUUGGACCACAACUACACAUUCCGAGAGAAUGGAUGAAACACCAUUAAGCAUGGCAUUGCUAAAUUUACUUAGGGAUGAUGUUUACAUUUGGUAGUUUUACCUUGUUUAAAAUAUGCUGAAAGGGUUAACAUAAAGAUGUCUCAAAUCCUCUUAGGAUAGUGCUUAACUCCUUUCAUUACAUGGCUUUACACACUGCAUGAUCAUGCAAUCCAAAUAUUUUCUGAUUGGCUGAAUAACAUCCUGUUGUUGAAAACAUUCACAGAGCUCACUGAAGAAGGUGAAAACUUAGUAAAUUCUAUUUUUUAAAUAAUAUGUUUGCAUAUUUUUAAUUCCUUAACUAUGUAAUGUCUUACAUAUGAGUCAAUUCUAACUGCGUCACUUUAAGAAGUGGAAAAAACAUGCAGUAGUACAUUCAUUAUAUCUGUCCCCUAGAUUAAUUCAUUGAGAAGAAGUGGUCUGGGUACAGUGUCCCUGUCCUUUGAAGAAACUGCAAUUUUUUGCACCAAGUGCAAAUGAAGAAAAACUAAAAUAGAUUCACAAAUUCAUCCUGAUUGUUAAAACACCCAAUAUUUUUAGAAUUUCAAUUAAUUGAACCUUUAAUCCAGCCCAUAAUUCAAGAUAUAAUUCUACCCAUAAUCUAACCCCUUUUCCAGCUCCUAAUCCUACCCAUAAUCCAACCUUAAUCCUAACCAUAAUAUAACCCAUUCUCCAACCCAUAGUCCUACCAAUAAUCCUAUCUAAACUAGUAUGAUUUAGGAGCAUGGUCCCUGCAGUGCCAAAAAAUAAUCAUAUCUAUAUUCCCAGUCCUAAUUCCACCCUCCAAUCCCAGUCCUCCCACCAUCUAAUCCCACCCUUUAAUCCCACCCUCUAAUGCUACAGCUCCUUCACACAGAGAUCAGUGCUGGGUAGCUGGCAAAGCCCAGCACCAAUCCAGGAGGAUUGGAACAUGCAGGGAGACCUUUUCAGUACCCCCUGGGUCUCCUUUACAGUGGGGGAUGGAACCAGGCUGGGGGUGUCAUUGACCAUUUUACAUUUUUUACAGCUGAACAUGAUCGCUCAGCCACUGUACCUAAAUCCAUUUAAAAAGGUUAUGAGUGCUCACUUUUCAUGCUGCUAAUAUCCCUUCUGUCUGUCAUGGGCCACUAACUGUGGUGAUCAGCUUUUUUUUAUAAUUCUGCUGGUUCGAGGCAGUGUUAGAAAUAUCAUGUCUGAGCUAGAUCGCUCAGAUUGAAAGAUACUUGGGGUCAGUGGUGUAUUUUGGAAUUGUGCUGCCCUAGGCACAACUAAAUCCGGGCACCCCCUAAUCUAAAUUUGCAUCACCAAUUUAUGUCAGGGCCAAUUUUUUGACUGACACACACGUCCUCAUUGAUACAUGCACUGACAUACACUCACUGACAGAUACACAGUCAUUGGCACACAUAUGCAGUCAUUGGCACACACACUGUUUAACAAACACACACUUUCACUGAGACACACACAGGCACACCCUCUCACUGACAGAUGCAUACUCUCAGAUACACAUACACUGACAGACACACACUGACACACACUCCUCACUGAUUUGAUACACUCUGACAGACACACACACAUUCACUCACUCACAGAUACACACUGACAGCUACAUGCACUCACAGACAUACAUACACACACUCACUAACAGACAUUCACAAUGACACACACACUCACUGACAGACACACACUUACAAUGACAAACAUAGAGACUCACAAUGACAGACAGACACACUCACUGACAGACACACACAAACACUGACAGAUACACACACAUUCACUGACACACACACACACACACUGACAGACACACAUUUUCUCAUACAUUCAUUACACUCACAAAUUAUUAAUAUAUUUUUUUUUAUUUAAAUCCACCCAGUCUCCUUACCUUUGGGAAGGCUGGAGUGGAUGCUGUCCCUGACAGCUGCUGGGCUGACUCGGCAGGGUCCUUGUUGGCUCCUGCUGACUGGGCUGGCUCUGCUGGGGCUGCUGACUGGGCUGGCUCUGCUGGGGUUGCUGGCUUUGCUGGGGCUGCUGGCUCUAAUGGGGCUGCUGGGGCUGCUGGCACUCAAUGGAGGCAGUGAGGGAACUGAGCUCUUAUUGUUCAGCUCCCUCUGCACCACUUAGUGAUGCUAGGGCCAGAGUGAUGUCAUAUUCCGUCUCCUGGCAUCACAGAAGGGAGCAAGAAGAGGCUCCCUCACCAUCCGGAUAGAAUGUCCUCAGGACAGGGCUCCCUCACCAUCCGGAUAGAAUAUUAGUAGUUUAACACCAUGGGGAGACCCUAAGGUAGCCAGCCAGCCAGCUCUUGGGCCCACCAGGACAUAAGGCAAACAAGGCAUUUGCCUGUGUGCUUGGGGUGGUGUUUUUUGCCGCCACCCCUGGAAGUGCCGCCCUCUGCAAAUGCCUUGUUUGCCUUGUGGUAAAUACAGCCCUGCUCGGGGUUCCUUGGUAUCAGCAGUGAUUUAGCCCCGGCAAUUACUUUUACUGCAUGACUGUCUAUGGCAGGCUUGCAGAAACUCUGUCCCUCCAGAUGUUGCUGAACUACAAUUCCCAUGAUUCUCAGCCUAUUUCAUUCAUAGAAUCAUGGGAGUUGUAGUUAAGCAACAUCUGGAGGGCCGGAGUUUGAGGAAGCCUGCUCUAUGGCAUCAAUGGGCGUUAAAGCAUAGACAGUCAUAUGGUCCUUAAGUGGCUAAAGGGACACCAUAGUCACCUGAACAACUUCAGCUAAACGAGGUUGUUAAGGUGAGAACUAUAGCUCCCUGCAGCCUUUCUCAUGUAAACACUGUAUUUUCUGAGAAAAUACAGUGUUUACAUUGAAAGCUAGGAACACCUCUAGUUGCAGUCACUCAGACUGUCACCAGAGGGACUUCCGAGUUGAUGGAUGCAUAAUUCGCAUCCAUCCACUCAAAGGUGCUGUCAGCAGACAGAGCACUGUGCAUGAGUAUCCUGUCUCCCUGAGGCUGUCAGCAGCGCGUGGGAUUGUGGGAGAUAAGAUCUCCUGCACACAGAGUCCUGCACUUAGUCCUACACAUUCAAUGCUGCUCUAUGAAGAACCUGAUUGCUGCAGCACGAAGCCGCGCAUGCGCACCAGAGAGCGAUGACGCUUCUCAAAGAGAAGUAUUUGAUUGGGCCCUGCAAUUUUGUCAUUUUGGCCUGGCAAAGAGCUCAGUGCUGCAACGGAGGUAAGUUUUAUUAAUAAAAAGAGCUCGGAUUUAUUUACUUUUUAGUGGCAAGUUCAUAAAAAAGCAAGAAAGAAGGCUAGGGGACCUGUCUUUUUGCUUUUAUAUGUUGACUAUAGUGAUCCUUUAAGGUAAUUUUAUUAGCGUCAUAAUAGGAGUCAUAUGUUUUUUCACUAAGCUCUGAAUUGUGCUGGGCUGUGUCUGAAAAAUUUUGCAACAUUUAGCGUAAAAUAUUAUCUGAAGAAAUUUUCAAACUCGAAUAUAGUAACAGCUUGGCUAUUUAGCCUCAAUUUAACAAUUCAGGCUUCAGAGUGUAGUGAAUAUCUCUGUCAGUUUUUCUUAAAACUACUUCCACUGAUCUGAAUAAAGUUUAAUUUGGUCAAUAAUGUUAUAUUUGAUUUAUUUUAAUCUUAACAGUAUUAAGAUGUGGUUCUAUACUAAACGUUGUCAUGGUAAUUGAUUUGCAAAUAGCAGAAGGAAAUGUUUUGUCUUUUAGGGGUAAUAUGAUCGGUAAGGAGCACAGACCCUAUGAGUCAGGAAGGCCAUGUUCUACCUGCAGAAAUUCCUGUGAAGGCAAACUAUGCAGUGAGUAUAUUGGGUAUUUCAAUGAUUUCCUCAUUUAGUAUUCAGUCUUGUAGUCGUGUGACAUUUCCAAGGGGCUUCCAGCUAUUUUGCACCUUCAACAUUUUCACUUACAGUUUACGUUUUCUUGACCAAUUCUCCAUCAUUCCCCUCAUUGUAUUGUGGGAAAAUAACAUGGCUGAGUCCCUAAACAUCCUACCUGUAUUUCAAGGAAACUUUAAAAAAGUAAAUUGAGGUCAAGGAGCCUUUAUCCACCAAGUGCCAAGUAUGAGGAACAAUUACCUCAUCUCAUGAAGUCAUUUUGAACCAAUUCUUAACUCUCAUAAUGCACAUUGGUUGUGCCUUAGUUUGGAAGAGUCAGCUGUCAGGUGCAGCAAUAAUCUACAACAGGGCAGCAAGGAAAACACCAAACUGGCAGGAAUAUCCACUAUUUGUAAAAUGGUUAAACCUCUUAAAGGGAAACUAUAGCAGGGCUGGACUGGCCUACCGGGAUACCUGGAGAUUUCUUGGAAGGCCGCCUGCCCUGGGACCGCUUCGAGCAUUGGCUGCACCCAUCCACAAGCCAGGAAAUUUUUUUGUUCUGGUUCAUCCUGUCGCGGCCACACCGCGCGCCACGGCCAAUGCUCCAGCGGGCUCUAGCAUAGAUUUUUCUCACGGCCGCGGCCCGCCGGAUGUGAGCAGCAACAACAUGAGCUGGAUGUGAGUAGCAACAUGCGCGGUGGCUGGCUACAGUGCGCAGCAUUUCGGUGGCAUCUUGUCAGAUCUGCAGAACGCUCUGCAAGACAGAGCUGAGCCCAGACAAGACUGCCCUGUCACUGUCUGCAUCUUAAAGUACAGUACAGGUAGGGGUAUUGGUACUUUGUAAGUACCCUUGUCUUGACUCCUUUAUCUUAUUUUAUUUUUUUUAAUUUAAUAACCCUCCUAUCCCACAGAAGCCCCUUUGUGCUUCUGUUUCAGAUAUAUUGUCUACUAAAUAGUUUUCUGGAGUGUUGAGGACAGCCACUCAUGAGACAAGCUGCAUGGCAUUUUAAAUAUAAAAUUAAAUGGACAUUAUAUAUUUAGCUAUAAGUCAUUUAGUUAUUUUAUCUUACCCCUAUUAACCCACUACACCAGCUGCCAUCUUACCCCGUAUAACCCACUACACCCCCUGCCAUCAUACCCCCUAUUAACGCACUACAGCCCCUAUUAACCUACUACACCCCCUGCCAUCUUACCCCCUAUUAACCCACUACACCCCCUGCCAUAUUACCCCCUAUUAACGCACUACAGCCCCUAUUAACCUACUACACCCCCUGCCAUCUUACCCCCUAUUAACCCACUACACCCCCUGCCAUAUUCUAUUAACCCACUACCCCCUAUUAACCCACUACACCCCCUGCCAUCUUACCCCCUAGUAACCUAAUAUACCCCCUGCCAUUUUACCCCUAUUAAACCCACUAUACCCCCUGCCAUUUUACCCCUGCUAUUUUACCCCUAUUAAACCAUCCCCUGCCAUCUUACCCCCAUUAAACCACUACACCCCCUGCCAUCUUACCCCGUAUUAACCCACUACACCUCCUGCCAUCAUACCCCUAUUAACCCACUACACCCCCUGCCAUCAUACCCCCUAUUAACUCACUACACCCCCUGCCAUCUUACACACUAUUAACCCACUACACCCCAAGCCAUCAUAUCCAGUACUAAUCCACUACACACUCUGGUAUCCUGCGCCCUAUUGACACACUACACACCCUGCACUUACACACAACACACUCUAUAUACCCCCUGGACUCACACACACACUACGCACAUUCUAUACCCCUUUAAAUACACACACACACAUACACACACACACACACUACAUCUCCUGCACUUACACACCAAUACAUUACACACACUCUAUAACCCUCAUACACACACCCAUCACUCACAUACACACAGUACACAAACUCUAUACCCCCUAAACAUAUACUACAGUCUCCACACUCACACACUCAAUACCCUCUAUAAAUACACACUACACCCCCUGCACUCAUACACUACACCCUCUAUAUCCCUUAUACACGCCACACCCCCAUGCAUUCAUUCCCACACACACACACACACACACACACACACACACUACUCUAUAUACGUAUACAUACACAAUUAACAGGCCCCCCUUUUGGCCCCUCCUCUCACAGUGGGCUGCUCUGCCAUUAACUGCCAGGGCUGAAUUUUCAUCCCAGUCCAGCCCUGCACCAUAAUCACCCAGACCACUUCAUCUCAUUGAAGUGGUCUGGGUGCAGUGCCAUUGUACCCUUAGUUACAGUUUAAGAGAAACUGCAUUGUUUAUAUUGCAGGGUUAAUUAAGACAGCCUCUAGUGGCUGUUUUCCAGACAGCCACUUGAGGUGCUUCCUGCAUUUUCAUGGAGUUUAACCUCUUGAAACAACUAUGGACAUGAGGAUGGCCAGCCCAGCAUCUUCAAACUCCCUAUAAGAAAGCAUUGAUUCAAUGUUUUCAUAUGGGGAAGUUCUAAUGUGCUUAAAUGAAGGAAAGUGUGGAAUGGAUCUUAACUCUUUCAACACCACAGUGAGUGCGGAGGCAGAGGGACACUAUAGUGUUUUGUAUUCCUAAUGCUAUAGUAUUCCUUUUAAAUAGAUAACAAGACACUUGUUUUAUCUUCCUAACAUGGACUCUCCUGACCCAUUUUUCUUUUUUUUUUUUUAACCCAUUAAGAACUAAUUCCGAAAAGCCAUAUAUAACAUAAUGCUUGAUUUAUUGCAUUAGUAAUGAUCUAUUUGACAAACAUUAAAACGUUCUUUAUCUUUUUUUUGUUUCCAGAAAAACUUCCAGGUAACAAACAGAAUCUUGAUGACGUCCAAAAGAAAACUGUUGGCUAAUAUAGUUCACUUUAGUUUGUACUAUGAAGCUGACUAGACUACAUGAUCACUGGUAAAAUAACGAAUCAUUCAAUCUUAGCGGAAUGAUUUUUGCUUUGCUUAGCAGUUUAAUAAUUUGAAUGUCAGAGACAGGUAUAACGUUUUACAUAAUGUUUUAUCCAUCACCAAACUGUCAUGUUAAAAUGUUACUGAUUCAGCCAUUCUUUUAAUAACCCAUAUACCAAAUGUAUUUCUUAUUUUUUGGCAACAAUAAAAAAGCUAGUAAUUUUCACAGUC